GCGCUCGGGGCGCGGCCUGAGGCGCCAUGGCGGCCCGCGCGGCGUGGCUGCUGUUGGCUAUCCCGGCCGUGCCCCUGCUCUGCCUGCAGCUCCGGAGCGCGGGCUUCAACCCAGGAUGGAAGGAUAUCUUUUUGCUGGGUGGCCGGGGUUUGCUGUUUCUUGCUGUCCUGACGCUGAUUAUUUUGAUGACCUCCCCCUGGCUUACAUCUCAAGCUCCAUCCAAAGCGUGUUUGACAGAGGGUCUUCAUCCUGCUCUUCUGUGACGCGAGAGGGCCAGACUGGGCCUGUGCAAUCCUGUGACCCCAGCCAGGCCCCGAAUGAGGGCAUGGAGGAGGAGGCCGCAUGGGGACCCCAAGCCAGGCCUCUCCAUUUACUGUCAAGUAACUGAAGAUGAGAACAAAAGAAGGCAGAAGCUGGCGAGAGAAGAGCAGCAGGAGACCCUGAGCAGGCAGAGCAGUGCAUACCUGGAGAAUGUCCUGAAACCACGCCAGGAAAUGAAACUGAAAAAACAGGAAGAACGCUUCUAUCAAAUGACAGGUGAAACCUGGAAAACACUGAAUGGCUACAAGCUUGGGGGCCAUGAAGAACCGAGGCUUGCCAAUGAAAACAGAGCUCCCGGAGACACCCCGAUCAAAGAAGCCUCCAGGAGACGCAAGCUGCCCGAGCACUGGAGGCCCAUCUCAGCAUCUUGUGAGCGGCCCAAGGCAAAGAAGGUCCUUGUUUUACCUGAAGAACCUCCUGAGACUGCUGAGGAAGUGGUUGUGGUUGCUCUCCGCUGUCCCGAUGGACGCGUGCUCAGACGGAGGUUUUACAAGACAUGUUGCUCCCAGGUAUUGCUGGACUGGAUGACAAAGGUGGGCUAUCACGGGUCUCUUUACACCCUCUCCACUUCCUAUCCCAGAAGACCUUUGGAAGUGGAAGCGGACCAGACCCUAGAAGACACCGGCCUCACUAGCGACACCGUGCUCAAUGUAGAGGAGAAAGAGCCCUCCCCCACACUGUGAAGCGGGGCUUGUGGGACUGACCAGAUGGACGCACGAACGCUGGCUGUGAGCGGCGUGAGGGUUUCAUGACAAGCUAAAGUAAAGGCGCCUUCUGCAGGCAAACACACCGACCGAGGUUGAUGUCCUUGGUAAUAAAUGGAUAUGCUCACAAAGUGGGGACCUAGAAUGAA